GAAAAAAAUGUUUAUUAAAUCAACAAUUAUAUAUUUAAAUUUAUUUAUCCUUUUAAUAAAUGCUAAUAAUGAGGAACAAAUAAAAUCAGCCUCAGCUGAUAGUGAAAUUUCUACUAAAGAAUUGCUUCCAAAAAUUGGACUUUGGGGACUACAACAACAACAACCACCAAUUAGUGGAGGAUUAGGCCUAAUUGGAAAUGGAUUAAUUCCUCAACAACAACCUUUCAACCUUCCAAGUCUCCCACCACAACCAAAUCCAUUUAUUAAUAACUUUUAUCAACCACCUCCAUUUAACAAUUAUUUUCUACGUUCCCCAUACUUUAUUCCUCCACAAACCAAUCCUUUCUAUCCAUACCAAAAUUUUCCUUUAUUUAAUCCUGGACUUGGCACUAUUCCUCAAUAUCCCUUAUAUCAACCACAGUUUCCUCUGGGAGGUCCACAGCUGCCUCUGGGAGGUCUUCCUGGAGGACUUCCCAAUCAACUUAAUCCAGCUGGAAUUGUUUAAAAUAUUAGAGGAGAAAAUAAAUAUAAUAAUUUCAAUGAUUCAAAUGAAUUCGCAUUAUAAUUUUAAAUAAAAUACGAUUUUUGAAUAAAUUUAUAUUUUUCCGGUUUUUGUGAGACUCGGUUUUUCAUUAUUCUGAAAAAAACAAUUCCGAUCGACAACUUGAAGAUAAUUCCAGAUUUUAA